AUGAGUUUGUACAGCCUCGGCUCCAGCCUCGGGAGAGGGCAGGAAGCCCUGGAGCUGGACGAGCGGGGCUAUGAUCCCUACAACCCAGAGCUCCCGAGGCCCUCGCUGGAGGUGGAGGAUGGCACUCUGGCUGACAUGACCGAUGUGACGCCCGGUAUUCUGGAGCUGGAGCUGGUCAACAAGGCCAUCGAGGCAGUCAAAAACGAAGUGGAGAGAGAACAGAAAAAGUACGAAGAGCUGCUAGAAACCACCAAGGAGUUCAGUGCUUCAGAGGCCUCCUCGCUCAUUUCGAACGCACCCGUGUCAGCUGCUGGGACACAAAAUGAUUCGUUUACCUCCUUAGAAUAUAAUCCAGGUAGCUACAACUUUAAUAAUAACUCAGACUACAACCCCACUCCUCUCACUGCUGCUAGCAGGUCAAGCAAAUACACUUUGGAUAGUUCCCGAUCGAAAGGUAGCGCGCUGGAAUACGUCCCCAAGGCUGUGGUACAGAGUAAGAAAUACAGUAGCACUGUCACUAACAAUAAAUAUGUGAUUGAUGACUCGAAGCCUUCUACAGACUUGGAAUAUGACCCACUUUCAAAUUACUCAGCCAGGCUUUUGAGCAAAGCCACGACGAAGGAGCCGAAGGGGUCUAAAAGGGGCAGGGUCUCUAGUUAUGAGGAAUCUUAUUCUCCAUCACGAAAGAAGUUCUGUGAGGAUCCUGAUGACUAUGAGGCCAGGUUCUCCUCCUCUGAAGAUGAGGCUGAUGUAGAUUAUAAACCAACUUCUGUUAGUUCACAAUCAAAAACUGGUUCUGAAAGUGAAUCCAAUGAUGGGUUAUCCACCAAAGAGCAGAGCACCAGCCUGGAUGACUUUGCUUCCCAGGAUACUAAAGAUGCCCAAUAUGGCAUGGAGGACCUUCCAGGUUCACAGAAAAGUCUUGCCAAAACCUUAUCAGACAAGAAUGCAAAAGCAGCAAAAUUGGGUUCUGGUAAAAGCGACCAGGAAAUUGAGAAUAAAAACAGAGACUCAAAAGACAAAACAAAAAGGAAAAAGUCAGAUGUUAGUAAAAACCCUGGCCUCAGUGAGGUUGGCAAGAAGGAGAAAAGUAAAAAUACAGAGAAAGAUAAGGAUAAAGUGCUCAAGAAAGAAGAGAAAUUAAAAACUAAGAAUGACGAGAAAAACUGUAAAGAUAAAAGUGUCAAAGUAAAAACUGAUGGGAAUUCAAAGAAACCUGAAAAACAAAAGUCAGAAAAAGUAGAUGGGCUUAAGAAAGAAAAAUCCAAGUCCUCCAGCAGUAGUUCAGGGAAAAGCAAGAGUGAGGGUGUCAUCAAAGGCUCCGGUUCGGAGAAGCUGGGGAGCAGCAAGAAAGACUCCAAACUGAAAGCAGGUGACUUGAAAAAUGGUAAGGAAAGCUCUGGUCGUAAAAACAAAGAGAAAGGGACCAAAGCUCCAGCACCAGAGCACAAGAAAGAAAAGGGUUGUUCUACAGAAAAAGGAGACCCAAAGAAGGGUCGGAAACAGCAGAAUUUGAGUCAUGUUGACCUCUUUGGCGAUGAGAGUGGGGAUGAUGAUGACAAAGUCCGGCCUUUGCCGUCCACGUUGCUUGAGGUGAGCUCGGACUCAGAUGGAGAUGACUGUGGUUCAGACUCUGAGAGCGACAACGAAGGGAGAAAGAAAGUGAAACGCUCCAAAUUGUCAAAGUCAUCCUCGUCUUCCUCAACAUCUGAUGACAUCGAUUAUUCCGUCCUCGAGAAAGACUUGGACUUUGAGUCAGAUCCGAUGGAAGAGUGUCUCAGGAUUUUUAACGAAUCUAAGGAUGUGAAAACUGAAGACAAGGGAAGGCUGGGGAAACAGGUCUCCAUCCUGAGUUGGAGGGUAAUAGCUGAUGCCUCCAGACCUCACUGCACUGGUCUUUUCUACCGCUAUGGAGCUGAGGUUCUGCAAAGUGAGCGGGGCUAUGAUCCCUACAACCCAGAGCUCCCGAGGCCCUCGCUGGAGGUGGAGGAUGGCACUCUGGCUGACAUGACCGAUGUGACGCCCGGUAUUCUGGAGCUGGAGCUGGUCAACAAGGCCAUCGAGGCAGUCAAAAACGAAGUGGAGAGAGAACAAAAAAAGUACGAAGAGCUGCUAGAAACCACCAAGGAGUUCAGUGCUUCAGAGGCCUCCUCGCUCAUUUCGAACGCACCCGUGUCAGCUGCUGGGACACAAAAUGAUUCGUUUACCUCCUUAGAAUAUAAUCCAGGUAGCUACAACUUUAAUAAUAACUCAGACUACAACCCCACUCCUCUCACUGCUGCUAGCAGGUCAAGCAAAUACACUUUGGAUAGUUCCCGAUCGAAAGGUAGCGCGCUGGAAUACGUCCCCAAGGCUGUGGUACAGAGUAAGAAAUACAGUAGCACUGUCACUAACAAUAAAUAUGUGAUUGAUGACUCGAAGCCUUCUACAGACUUGGAAUAUGACCCACUUUCAAAUUACUCAGCCAGGCUUUUGAGCAAAGCCACGACGAAGGAGCCGAAGGGGUCUAAAAGGGGCAGGGUCUCUAGUUAUGAGGAAUCUUAUUCUCCAUCACGAAAGAAGUUCUGUGAGGAUCCUGAUGACUAUGAGGCCAGGUUCUCCUCCUCUGAAGAUGAGGCUGAUGUAGAUUAUAAACCAACUUCUGUUAGUUCACAAUCAAAAACUGGUUCUGAAAGUGAAUCCAAUGAUGGGUUAUCCACCAAAGAGCAGAGCACCAACCUGGAUGACUUUGCUUCCCAGGAUACUAAAGAUGCCCAAUAUGGCAUGGAGGACCUUCCAGGUUCACAGAAAAGUCUUGCCAAAACCUUAUCAGACAAGAAUGCAAAAGCAGCAAAAUUGGGUUCUGGUAAGAGCGACCAGGAAAUUGAGAAUAAAAACAGAGACUCAAAAGACAAAACAAAAAGGAAAAAGUCAGAUGUUAGUAAAAGCCCUGGCCUCAGUGAGGUUGGCAAGAAGGAGAAAAGUAAAAAUACAGAGAAAGAUAAGGAUAAAGUGCUCAAGAAAGAAGAGAAAUUAAAAACUAAGAAUGACGAGAAAAACUGUAAAGAUAAAAGUGUCAAAGUAAAAACUGAUGGGAAUUCAAAGAAACCUGAAAAACAAAAGUCAGAAAAAGUAGAUGGGCUUAAGAAAGAAAAAUCCAAGUCCUCCAGCAGUAGUUCAGGGAAAAGCAAGAGUGAGGGUGUCAUCAAAGGCUCUGGUUCGGAGAAGCUGGGGAGCAGCAAGAAAGACUCCAAACUGAAAGCAGGUGACUUGAAAAAUGGUAAGGAAAGCUCUGGUCGUAAAAACAAAGAGAAAGGGACCAAAGCUCCAGCACCAGAGCGCAAGAAAGAAAAGGGUUGUUCUACAGAAAAAGGAGACCCAAAGAAGGGUCGGAAACAGCAGAAUUUGAGUCAUGUUGACCUCUUUGGCGAUGAGAGUGGGGAUGAUGAUGACAAAGUCCGGCCUUUGCCGUCCACGUUGCUUGAGGUGAGCUCGGACUCAGAUGGAGAUGACUGUGGUUCAGACUCUGAGAGCGACAACGAAGGGAGAAAGAAAGUGAAACGCUCCAAAUUGUCAAAGUCAUCCUCGUCUUCCUCAACAUCUGAUGACAUCGAUUAUUCCGUCCUCGAGAAAGACUUGGACUUUGAGUCAGAUCCGAUGGAAGAGUGUCUCAGGAUUUUUAACGAAUCUAAGGAUGUGAAAACUGAAGACAAGGGAAGGCUGGGGAAACAGCCAUCCAAAGAGGAAGGAAACGAAGAAAAGACAGAAGAUAAUUUAACUACUUUGUUUCCUGGCCAGAAAAGAAGGAUCUCCCAUCUUGUCAAACAAGGAAACGCGGAGGUCCCGAGCAAGCCCGUCAUCCGGCCGUACCGUCCCCCCACCGCCCAGGAGGUCUGUUACCAGAGGAUCCAGCUGGCUCAGCAGCAGGCAGCACAGCUGGUUCAAAAGGCCUCUCUUUCUUUGCCAGGAGAAAAGAGGAGGAUUGCUCACGUGCCAAACGCAGCCCUUUCCGCAGCCGCCAAACAGAGCCUGGGGAGUGGUAAGACGACGGCUGCUGGCAGGAGUGUCACACCUUCCAAUGACUCUGAAGCCCCCUCCCUUUCUCUGAAGGCUUGCACCUUAGCUGGGAUGGCUUCCAAGACCACCAGCACCAUCGUGCCGAAAAGGGUAGCGCACGUGCCCUCCUUGCAGAGCGCCAGCUUACAGAGGCCUGUUAUUCCCACAGAAUUUGGUGCUAAAGUCCCAACAAAUAUUCGUCAAAGAUAUCUCAACCUCUUCAUUGAUGAGUGCCUGAAAUUCUGCUCCUCCUCCCAGGAAGCGUUUGACAAGGCUCUGUCAGAAGAGAAGGUGGCUUAUGAACGUAGCACCAGUCGCAACAUCUACCUGAACGUGGCAGUGAACACCUUAAAGAAGCUCCGAAGCCUCGUGCCCAAUUCCCCGACCAGUACGACCAAGACGAGUAACAAGAAGGUGGUGUCCCACGAGGCGGUGCUGGGAGGGAAGCUCGCUGCUAAGACCAGCUUUACUCUAAACCGCUCAGGGAGCUUGAGAGCAGAGGAUUUAACAGGACCUGCCUUGUACCGGCGACUGAAGGAAUAUCUCAUGACCGAGGAGCAGCUGAAGGAAAACGGUUACCCCAUGCCUCACCCGGAGAAGCCCGGUCGCGCCGUCCUCUACACUGUGGAGGAGAAGAAAACAACUGACUCCUCCUGCAGGAUUUGCUGUCGCUGUGGCACCGAGUACAUGGUCUCAGCCUCCGGGAACUGCAUUCGCAAGGAGGAGUGUGUCCAUCACUGGGGAAGGCUGCGCAAGCAGAGAGUGCCAGGUGGAUGGGAAACUCAUUACAGCUGCUGCUCAGGAGCUGUGGGUUCACCAGGCUGCCAGGUUGCUAAACAACAUGUCCACGAUGGGCGAAAGGAGAGCCUUGAUGGCUUUGUGAAGACUUUUGAGAAGUUGCCUACAACUGAUGGGUACCCUGGAAUCUACGCGUUAGACUGUGAAAUGUGCUACACCAAACAAGGGCUGGAGCUGACAAGAGUAACCGUCAUCAACUCCGACCUGAAAGUGGUGUACGACACCUUCGUCAAGCCAGACACCAAGGUGGUGGACUAUAACACCAGAUUCUCAGGUGUGACAGAAGAGGACCUGGAGAACACUAGUAUCACCCUGCGGGAUGUCCAAGCCGUCCUACUGAACAUGUUCAGUGCAGAUACCAUAUUGAUAGGCCACAGCUUGGAAAGCGACUUAUUUGCACUAAAGCUCAUCCAUGGCACAGUGGUGGAUACCGCCAUCGUCUUUCCCCACCGGCUGGGUUUGCCUUACAAACGGGCUCUGCGGACGCUGAUGGCAGACUACCUCAAGCGCAUCAUCCAGGACAACGUGGAAGGACACGACUCCAGCGAGGAUGCCAGAGCUUGCAUGGAGCUGAUGGUCUGGAAGAUCAAAGAAGACGCUAAAGUGAAGCGAUGACUUGCGCUUUCUCUCUCUCCUCUUCCUCCUCCACCUCUUUGAAGCAGUGCAAUAAAUGCUCAGAGUACCACUGUCCACCCGUACGCAGCAGCAUGCUCCCCGGGCUCCCCUCCAGGUACCUCUGGGACUCACAGACUGCUGCUGGCACAGCUGAAGGGCACCAGCAGGUCCCCGGGGCCAGGCAGUGGCUCUCAGAUCCUCUUCGCCCCACCUGAGGGAUGUUCUGUGGUACAACACUUGCCUUGUAGGCACAGCAAGGUGGUUUUUGAGUAGCACAACCAGAGAGAACUUCUUGGCUCCUAGGAGAAGCUUUUAGAGGUAGGUUGGAUAUGUGCAGAAGGAUCUUUCUGGUUCAGUUAAAGGUAGAUCUUUAUCUUCUUUUUUUUUUUUUUUCUCAAAUGUAACUUAACUUGCCUCUACUCCGAGCCUGGUAGAUUCCUGCAGUGUCUGGAGAUGGGGGGGAAAAGGCAGAAAGUUGGGAGGAAGCUGUAAAGUGAGUGGAUUGUGUAGCUGGUGUGUGAAUGACAAAUGAGGGGUGGUGAGAUCGGGGGCUGGAGCCAUCGGGGAGGAGAUCCCAGUGCAGUCCUGGGGCUGCCCCCGAGAGCGCGUGGUGGGAGCAGUGGGUCGGAGAGGAAUGAGACAGGGUGAGGGGACUUGCCCCCUGCUGCCACCCUGGGGAUCUCUUCGGUGAGAGCUGCCAUCCUGGUUCUGCAGACUCUGCAAAAGGGGGAAACCACAAGGUCAGCCCUUGCCCAGACCUCAGGGAGCCGUGUGGGAAGCAGCGAUGCCAAGGGACAGCGGGACUGGGACAAACUGGGCUCCCAGAGCCACCUUGCAGCCCUCCAGAGGAGGAGCCAUGCUGGGGAGGACAGCGGGAAGAACAGGCCUUGUGUCUUGGUGGGUUAGGACAAGGUGUCCUUCCCCUCACCCUGAGCUUCCCUCGUGUCUCCAGUGAGCUGGUAUUUAGGGAUCAAGGUUUUUGGGGGGACCCGGGUGCAGCUGGGAUUGCACUCGUGCCUGGACACUCUGCAGGACACCCCGCCCCUGUCCCUGAGAGCAGGGACUCCAUGCAGGCCAGAGCAAAAGCAAUAGGUAAAAAUUAACGCUUUUAAACUAGUUUACAUGUUGGGUGUUUUAAGGAGAGUUAAAGACCCAGUUACUGUCUGUCUGAGCCCAAAAGCAGCCAUCGGGAGUGUCCUGGUGGUGGUGGCAGGAGCACAGGGGCAUCCAGAGUGGCUCUGGUGGCCUCUGUCCACCCGGCCUCCGUCCCGUCAGGGGAACGAGGUCCCCGAGAGACGAGGUCUUUUAGCUGAGGUCCAGACAGCAGCUUUGCCCCGAUAUUAGAGCCCCUUGUCCCUCCCAGGUGGGGCUGUCAUCGCUCCUGGCAGUGGCUGGUGUGGUGUCCCUGUCACGGGGUGGCAGUGGGGCAGGGGAGCUGCUGGGCUUUGGUUCCUCUCGGAGCUGGGUCCUGCUCGCUCCUCUGUACCCACCACCAGCGCUGGGCUCAGUCUGGGGACGUGCUGUGUGUCCCCAGCGUGGCCAUCCAUGGGGACUGUGGGGCUGGGCUGUGUGCCAUGGGCAGGGUGUCCUGCUCAGGCCCCCCUGCGUGGGCCGGAGGGUGCUGGGGGGCUGUCCACGUCCCAACGCUGCCCUCAGAGGUGAGGAUGUGGCUUCCAGCACUGAGCUCUCCUGGAGCCACCAGGGGAGCUGGGGACUGCGAAGGCUCCUGUUAUUGCUGAGCCCUUUGGUGUUGCCUCUGGCGGGCAGUGACACGGGCUCCCAGCCUUCACUACCCCAAAUUUUGGGCCGUGCAGCUCCCUGCCACCCCCGCAGUGGGACAUGUGGCACCCUGCUCUCCUUGCAGCCGCCUCCUUCCCUGCCAGGGGGUUGGCUUCAGGUGAAGCAGCCUCAGGACACCUCGUCCUGUCCCCCUGUCCCAUCUCCUGCAGGGAACAACCCCGUUCCUGCCCAGGCUGUGGGAGAGAUGGGGCAAGUUCAGUGCUUCCUAACCAGGGAGGGGGGCUUAGUUCCUGCUUCUGCCUCUUUUCCCUUCUUUAUCCCCCC